GUUGAAGUUGUUGGCAUUUUGAAAAGGACAAAUGAUUAAACUGAAAAAAGAAAACCAAACAGCUGAAAUAAAGAGACGAGUGAGACUGGCCUGGGCAGCAUUUGGAAAAUUAAGUUACAUAUUAAAAAACAAAAGAUAUCUACAGUACCCCACAACCAAAGUAUAUAAUCAAUGUAUACUCCCUGUACUUACUUACGGAUCCCAGACCUGGACACUAACAAAAUCAAAUAUGUAUAAGGUAACAAAAUUUCAAAGAUCUAUGUAAAGACAAAUGCUACAUGUAAGGCUGGCAGAUAGAAAAAGGAGUGAGCUGGAAGUGAAGUAGCAAAAUUGAAAUGGAAGUUUUCCGGUCACAAUGUCUGAGAAGGAUGAUCGAUGGAACAAAUGCAUCGUAAACUGGAGGCCCUGGGAGAAUAGAAGAAGUAGAGGAAGACCUCAGGGCCCCAAUUCUUGAAAACCGGGGAGCAGAACAACCGAGAGAAAAGGGGCGUGGUUCUAUUAAGAGACGCUGAAUGGUAUUCUUGAACGUCUUUCUAUUGAACGUUAAUAGAAGGACGGCUCCCUCAUGCAUCUACUGGGUAAAUUAAAGGGAUUAGCCAUCAGGGAGGUCUUUUUUGACGGUUUUGAGCAUUAUAACCUUACUUUAUUCUCUUUCUUUACAAAUUUUAUGUUGCACAGUGGAAUUUUACUAUUUAAUAAUGAAUAAUAAUAAUCUUCAAAGAUUUUUGUUGUGGGAAGAAAUUAUGGAAGAUGUUAGAGAUGCUGAAGAGUUUUACAAUAUAAGAAGAGAAGUACUUCGAAGGUCGAAUCCCUUUGAUUUGUCUGAUGAGAAAUUCAUAAAGUUAUUUAGACUUACAAAACCUCUAUGUGAAAACUUAAUAAAUAUUGUAAGACCAUUCGUUCACGAACCCCCUAGAAGAUCAGCAUUAACAGUGCAAACAAAGGUCUUGGCAGCUUUGAGCUUCUUUGGCACUGGAAGUUAUCAAGAAAUUACAGGAGCAAGCAAUUAUGUUGGCAUUAGCCAACCAUCAGUGAGUAGAUGUAUCAAAGAAGUUUGUAAUGCAAUGAAUCAGCCUCAAAUAUUGAAUAACUGGAUCCAUUUUCCCAGAAACAUAGAGGAAAUGCAAGCUCUUCGAACUAGGUAUGCAAGCUAUUGGUUUCGCAAUAAUGACUAUAAUGUAUGUAAUGCAUAUACCUAGGGAACUUUACUAUAAUAAAAAGGCUGUUUUGACAAUGUUUACAUUUGUUACAUAUUUGGUUGAUCCGUAAAUCCAUCUGCUUUUUAAUAGUAGUAUGUAAAAAAUAGUUAAUUUUUUAGUUAUUGGUUGUGUGGACUGCACACAUAUCAGCAUUGUAGCUCCACAUACAGAUGAUCCUGAGUUUCCAGAAUAUAUUUAUGUUAAUCGAAAGAAUUAUCAUUCGAUAAAUGUUCAGUUGGUAUGUCAACAAAUCAAAUAUAAAAAUGAUCCAUUAUUUUGUAAAAUUUACAUCUAAUAAGAUUUUAAUUGUAUGUUAUAUACUUA